AUGCCGAAAGUAGAGAACGGGGCUGCGCCAGUAGGACUGCAAUUUGGGAAAGAAAUGGGCACUCUGGCCCUCCCUGGAGAAGAAAUUGGGAAGCUUGUUGAUACGACUCCCCCGCAUGGAUUGCAGUCGCCGCAGGAUCAGAAGCGAGCAGUUGUGCGGCUCGGCUCUGGAGUGACGCAGCGCGGAUCCUCCCUUCUAUCAUCGAAAGCCGGAAAAGUGUGCUUUGAUGGACGACGGAACAAGACCUGGGUCGAAAACAAUCAGAAGCGCUACGUCCCCGCACUUGAAGACAUGGUUAUCGGGGUUGUGGAGGAGCGCCAUUCCGAGGACGUAAGACUUGACAUUAACGGGACCGAUACAGCCACACUUUCGUCGCUUGCUUUUGAAGGCGCAACCAAGAAGAACAGGCCUCAUCUCGAUAUUGGGUCCCUGAUCUAUUGCCGUAUCACGCGCGCCUCAAAAAAUAUGGAGGCUGAGGCGUCGUGCAUCGAACCAGGAAGCAACAAAUCAUGGGUCGGCGGGGAGGCACUGUACGGAGAGCUGAAAGGGGGGAAUGUCAUUCAGGUCUCUCUUGGUUUGGCGAGGUCUUUACUUGUACCGAAUGGACCGGUGCUUACCACGCUUGGAGCGAAGAUUCCUUUCCAGUCCGCGGUAGGUGUUAACGGACGUGUUUGGAUUCAAUCGUCAUCUACGGAGCAUACUGUACUACUGUCGAUUGCGAUCGCAAAGGCCGAUACAAUGCCUGCUGAUGAGUGGAAGGCGUUCGUAAAGAAGAUGCUGGAACAGGCCACAUAAAGAAUUUGAAACCAGAGCAAAGUUAUAGAUGGAAAGACUGUGGGAUAUGCCAAGGAACAAGAGCCCCUUUAAGCCACACAUUUGUUCCAAGUGGAAACGUCGUGACGGACCCUGGGGCUAUUUUUCAGACGCGCAGUCUUCAGAAACCGCAACCAGGUGUUGCUCUUCGCGGCUACGAUGUCGUUCUUGUCUUCGGAGAUCGCAAAAGGGACUUUCUGUGCGUGUGACAGCAGCACGUACUCAACACGCAACUCGCGUGACUUAUGUACGUACUUGUGGGUAUAUACCGUUGAAAUGAUGGGAUGAAUGAAUCCUGUUGAGCCUGGACAGAGCAAAGUUUCUCGCAGAGGAGAGUCACUUGAGCGUCAUGUUCCGCCACAGCGCCAUGCCGUGCAGUGAAGUAAGACUGAUGAGUGGCAUUGUAAGCGGGUGCACAGUAAUGUGCGCUACUCGUAUCUACCGUGUUGCACUGCACGUCGUUCAUUGUCACUAGAUAUAGGAAUACCGUACACUGCCUCGCGACGUUAGGCAAGCAUUUCAGAAUGGAGAGAUUACGCACCAAUGCGUGCAUACCCUUUUCAAAACAGUAACGCCAAUUUUUACAUGCUGCCCUACAGUGAUCUCAGUCAUUGCUUGUGCGGCGAUUCAAUAUCACUUUCCAGAGAGACGCUCACCAGCUUGUUGUCGCCUUCUUCAUAAACGCCAGCGCCCAA